UGCAUCAGUGCUGCAACAGGGAGUCACAAUAAUUGUGGAUGCACAAAAAAGUACAACGCGUAUUACCCGCAGCCAUGCGCGCAUUAUUUACGCACUUUUCGUUGAUAUCACAGUCAAUUUGUAUCUAGUCAGCGCAGAAUGUUUCUGGGAGAAACAUGUGGAAACAUGUACCAAAUCACACACCAAGGGUGAACCCAUUGCGCUGUCAAAGUCACGUCUGUCAAAAUAUUUCGAUAUGAGUAAUUUGCCUGAAGAACUUGGCGGUACAUUGCAAUUUAAUUACGAUUUAUGGUUACAACAGCGAAAGUCUAUUGAUGAAUUUAAGAAAGCUUAUCAACAAACCAUUAGCGCAAUGGAAGCAUUACAUGUGCUACUUUUAAGUAAUAAGUCAUUGAGGCCAACGGAAGCAGAUAUUGAGCUCAAGAAGUGUACACAAAUGCACGCAACAGUACAAAGGAGUAUUGAGGAAGCAGUAGAGUUAGGUAAUCGUAUCUUAAUGCGUCUCACCGAAGCAUAUGCACAGCCACCACCCAAGCUGGAACAAAUGCCAGCAACAAAUAGUAAUCACAAUAAUAGUGAAACAAUAGUGAAAUCACCUGCAUUGGCCUUAACACUGACCGCUGCAUCUUCUUCUUCGCCAACGAGUACCGGCAGCAGCAAUGGCACUGGCACUACAAUACCCCAGAAACAAGCCUUACCGUCAGAUCUGAACUGUGAACGCACACGCAUCGAACUACGAAUCAAUGAAAUUGAAAAGAAACAAACUGAGAUACGUACAGCGUGGCUGGAACUUUUGCAGUGCAUACGAGAAGCACGUGAGUUGGCUGCAUUAGAGGAGGGUGUGUCAUUUGUUACAAAUUGGAUACUUAAUACGGCAGAACAAAUGCUAAAUCGACAGCAAACGAUUGGUUGUGAUGUACGUGCCUGCGAAGCAUUACGUUCAGCACAUGAUGCACUUGAAUUGGAAUGUCGUGAAACCUAUGGUUUCUAUGCGGAGUUACUUUAUAAGAUUAAUAUAUAUGGAGGCUCAAAAGAUAAUUUCACCUACAAAGAUCUAAUGUCACAGAAGGACUUUAUGAAUUUUGUUUGUCGUUCCUUUGCAACGCGUUUGGAGCGCAGACGUAAUGUACUGAUCACGUCAUUGCGGUUUUUU